CUGAACUGCAGGUGGCGACAUGGCUCCACGCCUACUAACAUUAACCACAGAAGAAGACCUAUGCUAGGCUAGGCUAGCUAGCAGGAGAGCUGUCAAGUUGCACCGCACGCACAGACGUGAGCAUCAAAAUGCUUCUCCGGACGGCCAGACCAUGGUUGGUCCACUGCAGGAGUCUGCCUCUGGCUUGCACAAGGUCAUACUACGCCGAUAAAGUAGCUCGCCUCGGCUCUCAGCCGGACAAGCAGUCCUCUGAAUACCAGGAAAAUCAUGAGCGAAUGCAAGUUCUCGUUGAUGAACUGAAGAACCGGGCAGACAAGAUUAAAUUAGGUGGGGGAGAAAAAGCCAGAAGACUUCAUACUUCUCGUGGGAAGCUCCUGCCAAGAGAGCGUAUAGACAGAUUGCUGGAUCCAGGGACCCCUUUCUUGGAGUUCUCUCAGUUUGCGGCAUAUGAGUUGUAUGGAAAAGAGGAAGUCCCAGCAGGCGGUAUACUUACAGGGAUUGGGCGGGUUUCAGGGGUGGAAUGUGUUAUUGUUGCAAAUGAUGCUACUGUCAAAGGGGGAACAUACUAUCCAGUCACAGUGAAGAAACACCUGCGUGCACAAGAAAUAGCCCAGCAGAACCAUUUGCCAUGCAUUUACUUGGUGGAUUCAGGAGGGGCCAAUCUACCCAGACAGGCCGAUGUCUUCCCAGACAGAGAUCACUUUGGACGCAUUUUCUACAACCAGGCCAGGUUGUCUUCAGAGGGGAUUGCACAGGUUGCUGUUGUGAUGGGCUCCUGCACCGCUGGGGGAGCGUAUGUACCUGCCAUGGCAGAUGAGAGCAUCAUUGUGCGGAAACAAGGAACCAUCUUCCUGGGAGGACCUCCGUUGGUCAAAGCUGCCACUGGGGAAGAAGUUUCUGCAGAGGACCUCGGUGGUGCUGAUCUCCACUGCAAAAAAUCUGGCGUGACAGACCACUAUGCAUUAGACGAUAACCAUGCGCUCCAUUUAGCAAGAAAGGUGGUGAGAAGCCUCAACUACAGGAAAAAUAUCGAGGUCACCACAGAACCUACUGAAGCUCCUCUCUUCCCUGCAGAUGAACUCUACGGCAUAGUUGGAGAUAACUUGAAACGCAACUUUGAUGUCAGAGAGGUCAUCGCCAGAAUCGUAGAUGGUAGUAAAUUUGAUGAGUUCAAGGCUUUCUAUGGAGACACACUUGUUACAGGAUUUGCAAGAAUAUUUGGUUACCCUGUGGGAAUCAUCGGCAACAACGGAGUCUUGUUUUCAGAGUCUGCAAAAAAGGGGACACAUUUCAUCGAGUUAUGCUGCCAACGAAAUAUCCCUCUUAUUUUUCUCCAAAACAUAACAGGCUUCAUGGUGGGUAGAGAGUAUGAAGCAGGGGGAAUUGCAAAGGAUGGAGCCAAGAUGGUGACUGCAGUCGCCUGUGCCAAUGUACCCAAGAUUACUGUUAUCAUUGGCGGCUCUUAUGGUGCAGGGAACUAUGGCAUGUGCGGCAGAGCCUACAGCCCUCGAUUCCUGUACAUGUGGCCAAAUUCCCGGAUCUCUGUAAUGGGUGGUGAGCAAGCAGCCACUGUCCUGGCCACCAUCACCAAGGAUCAGAGGGCACGCGAGGGAAAAGAGUUCACAGCAGAGCAGGAGGCUGCCAUGAAGCAACCAAUAGUGCGGCGCUUUGAAGAGGAAGGCAGUCCAUACUACUCGAGUGCUAGAUUGUGGGAUGACGGCAUUAUUGAUCCUGCUGAUACUCGUCUGGUUUUGGGACUGAGCCUCAGCGCAGCGUUGAAUGCUCCAACGAAGAAGACGCGUUUUGGAGUAUUCAGGAUGUAAUGCUCAUUUAGCUUGUACAGGUGUAGAGAUCCGAGACCCACUUGUGUUGGACAUGAACUGUACUUAAACUAGUCUCUGUAGAUUUUUUUUUGUGUGAGGUGUCACCAGAUUAAGAGCAACAGACAUGGAAAAAAGAAAUCACUAAAGAAAACUCACAUCAGAUUCAUGUGAUUGGAUGGUGUGGGACAUUUCCACUAAUAAGUUGUGCCUUAACUGUUACUGCCCCAGUGUAAAUGCAAACUGUUUCCUUCCUCUCUUUUCCUUCUUUGAUGGAUUUUUUUUUUUUUUUUUUUUAGCCAAUACUGUAAAUGUUGAACUAUAAAAAUGUGAAAACA